AUGUACAACAAGGCUGUCAACUCCGGAAUGGACAAGCUCUUCUCAUUAGCUAUAGCUUACAAGGAGAAGAUCAGGGAAUAUACCGACAGAUGGAAAAAAAUUUGUCAAGCUAUAGGGAAUGUAGACCCAGUGGUCAGCGUCAACUGCUACAAAUGGGGAUUCGACCGAAUGAGCCCCCUAUUCGUGGAGAUUCAUGGAAGUGUACCUACGAUCGAAGGAGACCUUCGAGUAAUCAUCGAAAAUCACGUCGGGAAGCAGCCACCACGAUCCGAGAAAUCUAGAGACUACUGUGAGUACCACUGCUUUAACGGACAUCAUACUGAGAAAUGCAAGAACCUCAAGAUAACGAUUCAAAAGUUGAUUGACGCUGGUGACCUCAAGCAUUACUUACAUAAUACCGACACCGAAGAGAGGGCUAAGCGAAGCAAUCAAGUCCAGUUACCCGAGGGUAAUCGAACACUCAACAUAAUCUCCUGCUCUGAAGCCACUGGACUAUCACUAACUGCCCAGAUAGGCAAAAGGUUAAGGAAGCAAUUUGAAGAUUACUUUGAGUUGUACAAAAUCGAUGGAUUAGAAGUGGAGGAACACGAACAAUGGAUAAAUGCUCCAAUAACUUUCGAUGCUGAGGAUGUAGAGGAUGAUAUGGAGGAUCACAAUGACCCCUUGGUUCUCACGUUAUCCAUCGCGGGGUGCAAUACCACGAAGGUCCUCAUCGAUGGAGGGAGCUCGGUCAAUGUAUUGUUAUAUGACACAUUCAAACGAAUGGAGUUGAAUGAUGAGCAGUUGAUGUCCUCGUACUACACCAUAUACGGAUUCAAUGGGGCCCCAACAAAGCCUUUGGGAGAUAUUGUGUUACAAGUAAACGCAUGA